AUGAAGACUUUAAAAGCCAAGUUCAGGAAGACGGAGACUCCCAGUGCACAAAAAGAACAAGUUAGAAGUCCUUUGCCCCCUACAACCCCAACCCUGCCCGGGGGGGCCACCACAUCUCACAAGAGAAAAGCACCUCCUCCUCCGAAGUCUCCUCGACAGAGCACACAGUGUUCCCCGGAGCUGCAUCCAGCUCCUACCCAGGGCUUAGUGCCAGACAGCUCUCCGUCUCCGUCUCCAGCCCCCAGAACUCAACACUCUUUUCCAGACAACCUUGCAGAGGACGAGGAGGUGUUUGAGGAGAUUCGCAGGCUUCGGCUAGAAAGAGGACAUCUACUGCAGAAGAUUAAAGCUCUCGAGCAGCAACAGAGCAGCAGCACCUCUGCACUGGAGGAGCUGAACUCACUGAGGGAGUGUUUGAGAGAGGCCGAGGCAGAACGUGAUUGUCUGGAGGAAGUGCUGAAGGAGCUGGGCGUUAACAAGACGGCCGAUGAUGUUAUGCUGGACUUCCCCGGGACAAACAGGCUGCUGUCCAGACGAUCACGAGCCACAGACGCAGAAAUGUCUCCUGUCCAAGCGGAGAACUCGUCGUGGGAGCAGGUGAACAAUGUGGAGCGGCUCUGCAGGCAGGUGGAGGAGCUGACCGCACACAACGCUGAACUGCUUCUCAAAGUGCAGAUGCUGGAGAUGUUUGAAAAGGACGACACAGACUUUCAUGACUCUGGUCUUGAUGUUGUGCCCGUGACUCUCUACGACGCCUUAAAGAGAGAGUUUGAAAAGCUGCAAGAACAAUUCACCAGAGCUACUAAACGCUCAAACGCUGCAGAGGACCCUGGGUCUGAGAACAGUCUCGUUGGUGUAGAUGAGGUGGAGUCCAAGGAUGUGGAUGAGGGUUUAGCUGGAGAUAAAGUGAAGAACAAGGAAAAACAGAAAAGUCUAGAACAACAGCUAGCCUGUGCACAUGCCGAGUUGGAGAAGCUGAGAAAAGAGAAGCAACCCAGAGAGACAGAGCUGAGCUCAAACAUGCAGGAGUUCAUGACAGCUCGGGUGCAGGAGCUAGAGACAGAGCUGGCAUCCAAAGAGCUGGCAUGGAAGGAAGGGCUGAAUGAGAAGGAUGAAAUCCAGCAGUUGAAGCAGAGGGUGGAAGAGUUGGAGGAAUCUCUUCAGGCGAAGGAGAAAGAGGCACAGGAUAUGAGUGAGUCGGUGGAGAGAUUGAAAACACGAAUAGCGGAGUUAGAGUCGGCUCAUGAGCAGGGCAGCGGGGCGAGGUGUGUGGAGGAGGGUGAGGAGGGAACACUGAAUAGAUUCCGAGUGCGGGUGGCAGAGCUGGAAGCUGAACUGAGUAAGAGCGUUCCUCGUGAGCAGCUGGAUGAGGUGCAGGUCACCCUGAGCCUCCAGGUGGAGCAGCUGGAUCGAGAGCGUUCUGACAUCGCCCUGCGACUCAAUCAGGCUUUACUGGACCUGGAGAGACUUUGCCCUCCACCUCACACUGACAAAGAUGACAGCGAUGAAGACGACAGCAAGGAAGAUCGUCCUGACGACUACAAGCCAUCGAGUGCUUUGGAGAUUUCUCAUCGAAGAACUUUGAGCACAGUGCAAGAAGAGCUGGAGGUGACGGACGUGGACGCACUGGUCGGCUCGUGUGCUGAGAAAGCGGGCUGUGGUCAGGAUGCAGUGUCACUCACCAAACACCAGGAGGAGCUGUCUGCCAUGAAACAACAGCUAGCUGAGACGGAAACUAAACUGGAGGCUGAGAGGGCACUAUGUGAGCACGCCCAUGAGGAACUGGCCAGGCUGAAGGGUGACCUGCGGGAUGCGCAGCACGGCAUGAUCAGCAAGGAGGAGCAUGAAAAGAUCAGGGCUGAGCUGCAGCGCUCCCUAGAGGAGAGCCAGAGAACUGUAACAGCAGCCCACGAGGCUCUGAGUGUUAAAGAGCUGGAGCUGAAGGAGCUUCAGUCUCAGAAAGCUGUGGAGCUCGAGAUGGUGUCUAAAGAGGAGCAUGAAGCCCAGCGGCUCUCACUUCAGGCUGAGAUCAACACACUGACCGCCUGCCUGGCCGACCUCACACGCAAGCACGAGAAAACCUGCACUGAGGUGUUCCAGGUGCAGAGGGAGGCUCUCUUCAAUAAGAGUGAGCGCCAGGCCGCCGAGGCACAGCUGCUCACGGUCCAGCAGCAGUUAGCGGACCUGCAGGCUCAGUCCAGCCACAUCCAGCAACUGCACCAAGACAUCCAGCAGUCCAAGGGGAUCAUCAAGGAGAAAGACCACAAAAUCACGGAGUUGUCUAAGGAUGUGUUCCGGUUGAAGGAAGCUCUCGGAGCUCUGACUCCACCAAUGGGUUUAUCUGCCUGCACCACGUCCUCUGGAGUACCAGGGCAGCAGUUGGCACUUCAGAACCGAGUCUCUUCACUCACCCAGCAACUCCAGGACUGGGAGCGCAAGCACAGAACCGUGGUGGCCGCGUAUCGCUCUCACCUCCUCGCUGCAGUACAAGGUCGCAUGGAUGAAGAGGUGCAGGAUCUUCUGUACCAGAUCCUCAGAAUGACCCAAAAUAACCAAAAUCAUUAA